UCAGGAGUUGUUUCUGUUGGCGGCCGCACAAACGUCAGGUUCGGGAAAAGCUCGGAAAAGUAGUUCGUGCUCCAAAACCAAAAGGUUCGCGAUUGGCCACUAUUGCUUUGUUUGUUGUUUUCUUUUCUUUCUUCCCCGAAAAGGCUGGACGGCGGCUCCGAGCUCACUCGUCGCCGGCGGCUGUUGCAGGAGAUUAACACCAUUUUUUGACAAAGAAAAAAAAAGCUAAUGGCGAGAAACAUAAAUUCAGAUUAUAUAGACUUUUCACAUUUGGGUGGAUUCGACAUGGGCAUCAAUUUUGACGAAUUUGAAGAAAAUGUGAAAAAGCUCAUGGAGGUAUAUCUUGAUUCAGCUCAUGAUAAAGCUGUCGAAUUCAUUGAAGAUGUCCAUGCAAAAUUUUAUGGUCCCUUUACUGAUGAUGAGGUGCCAAAUAACGAUCAAUCUAGUCGCUAUGUUAUCACCGAGUCUUCACCAACAUCUAUUGAGAAGGAGCUAGUUGGACCAAACACUGAACUUUCAACUCCUCCUGCAUGCUUCAUUACCAUGGAGAACAGUUCUACUGGCUGUGAUACUGAUGCUCAUAAAACCCAAUCAGAAUCAUUUUCAACAAAAAGUACAGGUUUAUCCUCAAUGAAUCAUGUGUAUCCAGAAAAUAAUUUAUCUGAAGGAGCUCAUAUCGACUCAAACGAUCUUUGUAUUAGAAUAUAUGACAGCUCUGAGGAAGUUAUUUUAUGGAAUCCAGUGAGUUCUGUAAAACCACAGCAAUCACAUGAACUUACCACCAUACCUCAAGAUGAUCAUGCACUUCAUGCUUUGGAAACAGAAGUGACAGAGCAAGUUGGACUCAACUGUUCUGGACAUUCAGAUUCUUCUGUUUGCAGUGGAGUGUCACCGCUAGAAAAUUCUUGUGCAAAUUGUGAAGAGAAAAUGGUAUUACACAGUGCAAAUGACCCUGUUGGAGUAACAGUGCAUGAAAAUGGUGUACGUGUCCUGGCAGAUUCCACUACCCUAACCCAAGAAUAUCAUGUAUCUUACACAUUACACAUGGAACAAAUGAUAGAGCAAGCUGGACUGCAUUGUUCUGGACAUUCAGAUAUCCUAAUACACACUACAGAUUUUUGUAAUGCACUGCUGCUAGAAGAUUCUAGCACAAAUUAUGAGAUGACAGUUUGCUUGCAACCCUACCAGGCAACUUUGCCUGGGACACAAGCAAACCGGCCUGAAGUGCACAUGGUAUCAACCAUAUCAUACAGUGCAAAUAGCCCUGUGGAAUCAACUAUACAUGGAACUUGCACUUCACAUGACUCUAGCACAAGUGCGUCCAGCUGUGCUGACGAUCCAAGUAUGUCGACUGACAGCAUGGUUAAAUCUGUGGACAUGGAUGGUCAGAAGCACAUGAAAAACGACAAAAUUAAGGUGCACCUAGCCCCUCAACCAGAAAACGCGUCAUUUAAGAAAAUGCUUUUGAGGAACCUGUCGAGGAAACUCAGGUGGUCAAAGGCGCAGGCAGACACGCAUCAGACCAUGGCGCCUGGAUCCCAGGGCGCAGAAGACCCUGGAUAUCCACUGGUUUCUCCAUCGGAUGAUGAUCUGGAGGAUAGUUGGGAGAUCCUGUAAUAUAUAAUAAACCGCCAAGAACCUCCGUGACUUUUCUUUUUUGAGCUAAGUUUAUCCAUGUCAGGUUAACUGGUUUUGAGGGAAGGCACGUGGCGUAUUUUUUACAGAUCUCCUUGGUUACAGACACGUGAGAUGUUGCACGUACGUGCGGCACAUCCAUCGGCAUAAUAACUGUAAUUCUAGUUGAGGAUACGUAAAGCUGUUUGGAUUCUGUUUCGGACCUUAACUGCAUGCAGACAAGACAAUGAGACAAGCGUGUGUCCACA